GAGGAGAAGCUUUCGUUUGGGAAAUAUCGGCGGAUAGAAGAAUAUAUUCGUGACGAUGGAUGCGUAACGAAUGGCAAGUUGGAGGAGACGGUUAUAUCAGUGGUGUGGUGUGAAGGCUAACGAGAAAAGCACAGAUCGAUCGAUCGGUCGUUCGUUCAGUCGGUAAACCGUUGGAAUCGAGGAGACGACGAUAGUUCUAGUCGAGGGAGUUUUGUCAAAAUCGAAGGAGGCGCGAAGUGCGCGCGCGGUGCCUCGCGAUCUUGACGGGAGUCGUCGUGAUCGUGGUCGUGUGCUCGUGUGGGUCGUGGUAAACCAGUCGGCGGAGGAGAAUGGAGGACGAACUACGAUGCCCUUGUUGCAAGGAAUUGUUCGUGGAGCCGGUGCUGUUGCCCUGCUGGCACGCUCUUUGUCUCUCGUGCGCGGUCAAUCUUCAAGCGGCACCGGACUCGCCGCCAGAGUCGACAACCGACUCAUCGAACGCCCCCGGAUCGGACCAGGAAGCGGACAAACUCUCGAUCCUUUCCGAAACCGAUUCCGGGGUGGUGUGCAGCAGCACGUCGACGAGCUCACGACCGGGUAGUUACGUUGGCACACCUGGAAACGGCGGGUUUCCGCCGUCGGGCGGUACCUUGUGCCUUUCCUGUCCCGUUUGCCAAAAGACUGUUUACUUCGAUGAGGGGGGCGCGCACAAUUUGCCCAAAUACAGGGCGAUGCAACGGAUCGUCGAGAAAUACCUCGAGUCACGGAACACGAGGAUGCAAUGUCAAAUGUGCGAAGGCGAGCCCCGUGACGCGACCGUCGCCUGCGAGCAAUGCGAGGUGCUGUACUGCGACGGCUGCAGGGAAUCGUGUCAUCCGAAGAGGGGCCCACUGGCGGCCCACAAUCUGGGCCCACCACGGGGCAGCUGGCAGUCGAGCGGCGGCAAAGGUUCUCGAGGCCUCACCGCCGAACCCACACCGGUUUGCAACGAUCACAACUGCGAGCCGUUGACCCUGUAUUGCGCGCUCUGCAAGAUCGCGAUAUGCGCUCUGUGCCUUCGGGAUCGACACACGGCCCAUUCGCACGACGUGCUGCCGUUGUCCGCCGCCUGCAAAGCGCAAAAGACGGAGCUCUCGCAAAACCUGCAACAGCUGUCGGAGAGGGCGCGCUCGACGACGGAAUUCAUUCAGAGGCUCAAAGGAAUGACGGACAAAGUGCACGAAGAAUGCGUGACGUUGGAGGAGGAGGUGGAGGACAGGGUCGCUAGUCUGGUGAGCGUUCUGCAGGCGAGAAAGUCUCGACUGAUCGAAGCCGCCCGACAGACCAGAGAGGCGAGGGUACGAUCCCUCAGGGACCAAGUGACUAGAUGCGCGUCCCACCUGCAGGCGACCACCGCCCUUCUAACCUUCUGUAUCGAGGCGCUGAAGGAGAACGAUAGCGCAGCUUUCCUUCAGAUCGGUGGCAUGUUGUCUGUCAGAGCUGCAAACGCUGCUGGAUCGUGGGGCGCCGCCGAGGGGGUCCAAGAGAUCGCGAGGCUACCGUUGCUGGAUCUCACGCUGGACGACAAACCGUUGCGACGGGCGAUCGAUCAACUAACCUUUGUCCAGAUGAAACCGCCAGGAGCACCUCUACUGAUACCUGAAGAGUGCAGCGCCGAGAACAACAGCGUGACCGUCGCCUGGCAACCUCCUUCUGGACACGGAAUCGGUGGAUGUGCCGGCCAGCGAGGUCCUGCCAUCGAGGGUUAUCUUUUGGAGUUGGACGAUGGAUGCGGUGGAGAGUUCAGGGAGGUGUAUUGCGGCCGCGAGACAAUCUGCACCGUGGACGGAUUGCACUUCAACUCUUUAUACAACGCUAGGGUGAGGGCGUUCAACAGCGCCGGGGAGGGUGAAUAUUCGGAGCUGAUCGGUCUUCAGACUGCCGAAGUUGCGUGGUUUUCGUGGGCGACCGGGGCGUCUGGUAUACCACAGGAGGUGUCGAUAUCCGAGGACGCGAUGAGCGCGUCCUGCGAGGGCUACGAGCACCGGGUCGUUCUCUCGAGCGUCGGAUUCUCGCGAGGUGUCCACUACUGGGAAUUGACGAUCGAUCGUUACCACAGCGACACGGAUCCAGCGUUCGGAAUUGCCAGGGCGGACGUGUCACGGGAUCAGAUGCUCGGCAAGGACGACAAGGGUUGGAGCAUGUACAUAGACCGUCAGCGUUCCUGGUUCAUGCACGGCGGCGGACACGCGCAAAGGACCGAGGGUGGCGUGCAACAGGGCUCGACGGUGGGCGUGCUAUUGGAUCUGGACACGACCCAUACACUUCGUUUCUUCGUGAACGACCAACCGCAGGGCGGGAUCGCGUUUCGGGAUCUUUACGGGGUGUUUUAUCCGGCUGUCAGCUUGAAUCGCGGCGUGACCGUCACUCUGCACACGGCGCUGGACGUGCCGCGCCAUCUGUUGGCGUUACACGAGGAGUACGUUAGUGAGACGAUUCAGAGCUAG